AUGAGAGAAGACACAAGAAGCUCAUGGAUAGAACCAGAGAAUCCAGAAGAUCAUCCAUGGCCUCCUCCUCCUCCACCAGACGCUGACAUCGAACUAUUGCUCUCAGAGACUCUUCCGUUGAAAGAAGGUAUGAAUAAGAGAGGAAGGAAUCGAGAUAGAGAUAGGGAUUCGGUGAACAGGAACAAGAGGAGGAGAGCUUCUCACUCGCAAAGCACCGAAGAAAGCGUUGGAAACGAACAAGACGACGACGCUGUAGAUGUUGGCGUUUCUAAGAUCCGCUCUCCUAAUAAUUCCACGUCGGUUUACUCCGAUCAAAACCAUCGCCGGAUCUUCACGCCGUCGAAACCGCUUCCGUUUAAUAUAACGGAGGAGAUGAUCGGCGUGACCGUUCCCAGGAAGGCUCGUUCAGCUUCUGCGAAAAGGUCUCAUGAAAGUUUUGUCUCCGCAAGUAGCGGUGGCGGCGGGGAGGAGCAGAAUUUCCGGCAACGGUCGAAUUCCCCCGGAGGAUUGAGUGUUGAAGCGGCCUCGCCUUCUUCUUCGAAUGUUUCUCUUAGGAAGAGGAUGAAAGAGAUUGAAGUUGUUCCUAAGACAUCAAAAUCGUCUUCCUCAGACAUCGAGAUUGAGAUAGCUGAGCUACUGUACGGUUUGAAGACAUCAAAGAACCACGAGCCUUCUUCGAAAAAGCCUGAAACAGGUGUCACUCACUAUAACGUCACCGUAUCUUGUCCCUCUGACGAUGUUGAGAAAAAGAAAAUGGAAGAUAUAAACAAUUUUUCCACCCUGGUUUCGAACAAUUCAACUGAAGAGUUAGUCAGGAUUCAGAUUGAGCAACAUACUGAUGUGGAUUGCCACGAUGGUCCAUCAUCAGAGGCUCAAAAAGAGGUUAUUGGGAAAGACAAGAUGAAUUCAGGUGCUGGGUUUGGGGAUAUUUCAGCGGAUGGAAGACCGGUUUUCCCGAGAAAGAAAUCGCCAUUGCGCACCAAGUUCGAUUCUGAUAAACAAGAUUCGGCUUCAAACAGAGUGAUGUCAGUUGUUCCAGAGGACAACACCCAGCGUGUAGGCAAGUUUGAGAUAGAUCUGAUGGCUCCUCCUCCUAUGGUGCUGUCCCCGGAAGGGGAUGACUUGUCAAGGGGUGAUUUGAUAUCAGAAGCUAAAGCUUUGGCACUGGAUGCGGAAAUGGGAGAUAAUAUCAAGGUGGAAACACAGGUUAAGAAGGAGAAAACUCCAGAAGAAAUAGAAGCGGCAAAAAAGGUCACAUUUAAGGAGAAGUUGGAUGUGUUAAAACAUGAUUUGGAGAAGCCAAACAAUGACAUUAAGACAAAUAAAAAAUUAGAAGAGCAGGAUAGGAAGAAAGAACUGCUUACCAAAUCAUCAGAUCCCAAAGUAGAGAAAACCGUUCAAUCUACUUCAAUGCCUUUAUCAACAGCUGAGUCAGGACGGUCCACAAGUCUCUCUCCCACUGGAAACAAGCCGCCCUUGCAGCCAGUUGUGAAGACGGAGAAAACCACAAGAUCAUUGACACAACAGCAUGAGAAUUUUGUCCUCUCUCAAAGGCGACCAAAGAGAUGUGCAACACAUUACUACAUUGCUUGUAACAUCUUCCACCAGCAGUUUACAAAGACGAACCCUCCUUUGCCGGCAGCUAUUGGCUCUGGUUCUCUGUGUGGCACAAAACCCAACAAUGUCAACUGUGUGCCCUCCGCAGAUAGUGUGGCCGUUGGAAAGCAAUCUCAAAAACACUUGCCAAUUGUAAACCAAAAUGCUCCACAAGAGAAAGGGUGGGCUGCCACCAGUAAGCCUAGUGUCACCGCAGCCAAAUGUUCUAAUAAUGCCAAUCCAAUUGAUUCAGCUCAUAGGGUGCAGCUUGUGUUCCAGCAUGGUCCCAAUCCUGGGCCAACUGGUAAUCUAGUGCAUGGUCCUGCUUUCCUCUAUCCUCCAGGGCAGCAUCAAACAACAGUUACAGCAACUACUACUCAGGCAGGAACUGUGAAUUCCCCUAACAGCACUUCCUCAUAUAAUAUAUCCCAUGGUUCAAUUGGUGGAUCCCUUGGUACCUCCUCAACUUUGCCUGUAGUUGCUCCUGCUAUGAGCUUUAGCUACCCAAAUUAUUCAGCCAAUGGUUCCUCUCCGUAUAUGACAAUAGUUCACAAUAAUGGGUAUUCAUUUCCUUUCUCAACUUCUCUUGGAGCAGCUGCAUCAAUCAGAGGUGCAAGCCCUCCACAAGCAACACAUGUACUCAGUGGGCCUUUCUACUCUUCGCAACCGUUCCAUCCACUUCAGCAUCCUCAGUCACAAGCACUGGUUCAACCAAGUUAUCCAAAUGCAAACACAUCAAAUAGUUCAUCAUCUCAUAAACAGUCACAAGGUGCACAUGUUAAUGGCACUAAUAUUUUGACCUCUACAACUAUGGAACAGCAGUCACAAAAGCGACAGACCUCACUGUCUCAUCUUCGCAAGCAUGAGUCUGAGACGGGUGGAGGGAAUGCCCAUUCUGUUGCUAAUCGAACAUCUUACCCACAGAAGAAUGUGCAUGGGCAGAACUUUACAAUUCCAGUUCAGCCAGUGAACUAUUCUUUCAAGCCAUCUGCAGCAUCAGAUGUUGUUGGCAAUACUGGAAGCUUUGGUGACAAACAACAACAGGCUUUAAAAGGAACGGUAGAGAAUAUACCAUCUCAAGCAUUUGCAAUAUCAUUUGCUGCAUUUAAUGGGACCAGUGUUCCUUCAAACCUUAACUUCUCAUCCAUGGCACAGAAUCCUGUGAUACUUCAUAGCCUACCGGAUAUUGCAUGGCAAGGAUAUCAAGCUGCAAGCGCACCUCAGACUACUCAGCAGAUGAAUUAUUCAAUUACCGAAACAAAGAGUGGAGGAAAUUCUUCGCAUCAAGAUGAUGAAAAGAAAACGAUACAUGCUAAGGCUUCUAGCAAUGGACCAACUACCCUUGUUUUUGAUAAUUCAUCCAAGAAUCUUAACUUUGUGCUAUCUACUGUGAAUGGAAACCGAUCUAGUCACCCCAUUGCUUCAACUGCAAUAACAAGUGUGCCUCUUUCAAGUAAUGCUUCCAGUUCUCAACAGCCACAGCAUUCGCUUCAGCUUCCAAAGCAGCAUGCUGUGCAACAGCAGCAACCUACUCUGGCAAAUCGAUAUAAAGCAUCAUCCACUAAUAGCACUCCUGGUCCUGCUACGAAAUUUGCAAACAAUGCCCCUGUUUUCUCGCAAACUCUUACCCAAUGCAAAAGUUCUAGCCAAGCUUCUCACACUAAGGCCUCGGGUAGAACUGCAGAUUCUCAUGUUCAUCACUCGUCUAUCAUGACAUCUAAUACUCCAACCUUCAAAAGUUUUUCUCAGGAGCAAGGUAGAGUUUUGCCCGGUCAUAUGCAAAUUUCUUUCGGUGGAAACUACAUAACGUCCCUGCCGCCCCAAGGGCAACAAGUACUCAAUAACAACCAGUCUGUGUGUACACCAGGUCAAGGAACUCCAUUUAGUGGGGGCAAUAUGAAGUCAAAUUCGGAAGGAAGUAAAAUAAAUUCGUCAGCCAACGCUUCACAAUUUCAACAAGCUGAAAAUUCUGCUGGGAGUGGCCAAAAAUCUUCUCCAGUCUGUGGGAGAAAUGUCCCAUCAAUAUUGAGCUCAUGCAACAGCCACCUAUCAGAGCUGAAGUAUUAG